AUGCAACAAACGUAUCAAAUUUUCAAUAACUAUAUCACAUUUAGAGGUGAUGAGGUUAUUAACCUUUUACAAAAAGACGAUAUAUCUAAGUGUGAAGCUUUACAACAAUUAAUUUCUGCAGAAUUAGAUGGAGAACAACACACAGAUAUGGUAAUGAAUGUUAUCAGUUAUGCAUUACCAUCAACUAACCAUACUGUAAAGAGAUUAUUUUUAAUGUAUUUAUCAUGUAUUAAACGUGUUGAUGAACAAGGGAAAUUAUUAUCAGAAUUAGUUCUUGUUAUUAAUUCAUUACAAAAUGAUUUAAAUCAUCCAAAUGAAUAUAUUCGUGCUUUAACUUUAAAAUUUAUUUUAACUAUUUCAGAAAAAGAACUUAUUCAACCACUUACUCAUGCAGUAAUUAGUAAUGUUAAUUCAAAAAGUCCUCUUGUUCGUAAACAUUGUUUUUCUGCUAUUUGUCAUAUUUAUAGAUUAUAUCCAGAUUUAAUUCCAAAUGCUUCAAAAUUAAUUUAUACUGCAGUUAAUGAAGAAAGUAUUACUUCAGUAAAGUGUAGUGCUUUAAGAGCAUUAAUGUAUGUCGAUUUAUCUGCUGCAGUACAUUAUGUAAUUAAAAAGUCAGAACAAAUAAGUACAUAUAAAGAAGAUAUUCAGCUUGAGUUAUUACAUCUUAUUAAAUCUGUUUCCCGUUCUACUCCAGAUAAUUACACAACUUAUCUUUCUAUUUGUGCUUCUUUAAUUCAAAGUCCAUCAGCCGCUAUUUCAUUAGAGGCAUCACUUUGUAUGUUAGUUGUUUCAUCUUCACCUUCAGUAGUAAAAUCAGCUAUUAAGAGUUUGAUUGAUAUCGUUGUGAAAUCAAGUGAUAUUAACGUUAAAAUUUCUGUUCUUCAAAGAAUAGAACAACAAAUUCAUAAAACACCAAGAUUAAUGAAUGAGUUGGAAAUUGAUAUGUUAAGAGGAUUUCAAUGUACUAGUUCAUAUGUUCGAUCUAAGGUUGCAGAAAUCGUUGUUAAAUGUGUUACUUCUAAAACCGUUAAUGAGGUUAUUAAUACUUUAAGAAAAGAGUUACAAAGAGAAGAAGAUGAACAAUAUCAAUUGGCUAUACUUCAAGCUAUUAAAGAAUGUAAUAAUAAAUUUACUUGUGAAUCUAUUGUUCCUGUAUUAUUAGAUGUAAUGCAAACAACUAACUCUAUUUCUGUUUCUAAAGAGAUUUUAUUAUUUGUCAGAAAUAUUUUGUUAAAUUCAAAUAAUACAACUAAUAACAAUUCUUUUAUAUUACAGUCAUUAUAUGAUAUUAUUCAUUCUAUCACAACACCUCAACUUCUUGUAGAAAUUAUAUGGAUUCUUUCUCGAUUUUCAUGCACUAAAGAAGAAAUUUUAACAAGUUUUAAUAAAUUAUAUGAACUAAUGUUUAACAAUGAAGGAAAAAAUAUAUUAUUACAAGAAGAUAAUGGUAAUAUCCUUUCUGGAACUUAUAUCUCUUCUAUUGUUAAAUUAGUUUUGAAAGGAAAUUCUAUAUUUGAACAAACAAAAAAAAAUGAAAUUACUGCUAAAGGAUUACAAUGUUUAUUAAAAUUAUUAAAAACACAAAAAAGUAGUGAUUUAAUUGGAAAAAUUAGACAAGGUAUUACUUGUAUAACUUCAAAAGAUGAGAAGUUAACUAAAGCAGCAUUAGCUGAGCCUGAAAUAAAAAAAGAAGUUAUUGUCAUAAAGAAGGAUAUUAUUCAAGUUGAUGAUGAAUUAAGUUUUGGUAUGUUUAAUGAAGAAAAUGAAAUACCAACUAUUACAGAAAAUGAAGAAAAGAGUUUAAUGACAUUUAGAAAUAUUAUUCAAUUAAGUGGGUAUUCUGAUCCUUUAUACGUUGAAGCAAGUUUAGAAUUAUCUCAAUUUGAUAUUGGUAUAGAUACACUUAUUGUCAAUCAGUCUCAAAGUACUUUACAAAAUAUUAUGAUUCAAUUAGUCCCUCGUUCUGAUGGACUCGAAGUUAUUGGACAACAACAACCACUCACCCUUGGAGCUGGAGAAUUCACUAGAGUUACUAUUCCUGUUCGUGUCACUGGUACAUCAUCUGGUUUAAUUGCUGGGUAUAUUAAUUAUGACCGUGUAGGUAGAGAAAUUACUACUGGAAGUAGUGACAAUCAUAUGGUUCUCAAUAACAUCAGUGUUGAGGCAUUAGACAGUAUUAAACCUGCUGAUAUUAGCCAAGACAUCUUCCAAAAGAAGUGGAUGGGAUAUGAAUGGGAAAAUAAAAUUAUUGUUGAAACAGACAUCACUGAUCUUGUUCAAUUUAUUGAACAUUUGUGCAAAGAAACACACAUGAAUUGUGUUACUCCAAGGUCUUUGUUCUGUAGCGAGAUUGGAUUUUUAUCAGCUAACCUAUAUGCCACAACAGUCUUUGGAGAUGAUGCUCUUGCUAAUAUUUCUAUUGAAAUAAAUAAUGGGAAGAUUGGUGGUUGUAUUAGAAUCAGAGCAAAAAGUCAAGGUGUAGCUCUUUCAUUGGGUGAUAAGAUUUUGAUGAUUCAAAAACAACAAAAUUAA